AUGUCGAAUCCUCCCCCGAGAAAUUUGGAUUAUUCUCAACAUUGUGCAUAUUGUUCUAAUGCCCCAGGGCACAACAUAGAGAGAUGUUGGUAUUUGAAAAGGGUCAUUCAGGAUUUGAUCGAUUCUAAUCGAAUUAUAGUUAAAAGUCUGAGUGUACCCAACAUCAAUCAAAAUCCAUUACUAAGGCAUACUGAAACAAACAUGCUAGAAAUGAUAAAGGGUCAUGAAGAGUUUGCAUCUCUGUAUAAGCCAAUCCUUAGGGUUGGAACUGGCAUUGAGAAGUCAGCAAAUGUUGCUGAUUUAACAAAAAUGAUGCCUUUAGGGGCGGAAAGUGUGUUAGUAAAGUUGAGUCCAUCAAACACACCCAUCUUAACUGUGAAAGGAGCCCUUGAAAAUGUUUGGGCAAGUCUGAGUAAGGCAAUAUUGUUGGUUCCAAAAAGGCCAAACAAACCUAUCUUGAUCGUGCAAGGGGCCCAUAUUCCUCCUGUGAAUAUCAGGCCUGUAUCCCAGCUCCCAAUGACUAACCCCAAAGCUGUUCCUUGGAAUUAUGAACCUACUGUCGUGACAUACAAGGGAAAAGAAGUUGCUGAAGAAAUAGAUGAAGUGGGAGGAAUAACCCGUUCAGGAAGAUGUUAUGUACCGAUGGAAUUAAGGAAAACUAAAAAUGACCAAAUACAAAUAAAAAGUCCAAUCACUGAAGGAGAGGCAGGGGAAUUCCUAAGGAAGAUGAAACUAUCAGACUACUCCGUGGUGGAACAAUUAAGAAAAACUCCAGCCCAAAUAUCUUUGUUGUCUUUGCUAAUACAUUCUGAUGAACAUCGUAAGGCUAUAAUGAAAAUUUUGAAUGAAGCACAUGUUCCUAGUAAAGUUACAGUGAGUCAGUUAGAGAAAAUUGUUGGGAGAAUAUUUGAGGUAAACCGCAUCACCUUUUCAGAUGAUGAACUACCCAAAGAAGGUACAGGACAUAACCAAGGCCUACAUAUCACUGUAAAGUGUGAGCUUUCACAUGUCACUCGAGUUCUAAUUGAUGGAGGAUCUGGAGCAAAUAUUUGUCCUUUAUCAACUCUACAGAAAUUGAAUGUUAGUGCUGAAAGGGUCCGACCCAAUAAUAUAUGUGUUAGAGCUUUUGAUGGGUCAAAAACAGAUGUUAUUGGUGAGAUAGAGCUCGUACUAACCAUAGGGCCUGUGGAUUUCGCCGUGAAUUUUCAAGUAUUGGAUAUCAACACGUCCUACAAUUUAUUGUUGGGGAGGCCAUGCGUGCAUAGGGCUGGAGCAGUCCCCUCAACAUUGCAUUAA